UCGCGCACGCGUCCACGUCGCGGUCACAACGGGGGUUUCGAUAAUUAGUUUGACAACAGUACUGCAGGCGGAUUAUUUCUGGACGUUGAGUGCAUCCAGUGAUUUUGAUAUUGUGAGAGUGAAUUUAAUCGGCUGAGAAUUUUUGGGGAAAAAUUUGUUGCUGAGUAUUUUGGUUUGUUGACGAGUGGAAGUUUAAAAUGCUGGGCGGGUACGAGGCACAGGCGGAUUACUACCCGCAGUGGCACCAGCCGUAUGAUUACAUUACACAGUUACCCUAUGGCCCCAUAAACAUCCCCGACGCAGACAGUCAAUCAACCUACUGGGGUGGCGCGGACUCCGGCAUCUCCGGCAGUUCCUCAGGGGCCGGGAGUCCAGCAGCCUCAACCCCCCCUCCAAUAAUCGAGGAAAUCGGCGUUCAAGAGAGUGUCUACAGUUCCCCAGUGCAGCACUACCCCCCCUCGGUCCACCAGCAGUACAACAUCCAUUAUCAGCAGCUCCAGCAGCCCCAGCCCCUGCCGCACCACCCGACCCCCCCAGAACUGAACCAGAAAAAUCGACCGUCCAACGAGUACCCCCCGAACACCCUCCACCAGAUGAAUGUCGUCGGCAAUCCCCCGCACUAUCAGAUGAACUUGCAGCAGCACCUCGCGUCCAGAGUGGAAAAUGGCGUCGUGAUAAGACCGAAGAGGCGGAACACAGCGAACAAGAAGGAGAGGAGACGAACGCAAAGUAUCAACAAUGCUUUUGCAGACUUGAGGGAUUGCAUUCCAAAUGUCCCGGCGGACACGAAACUAUCGAAGAUCAAGACCCUGAGACUGGCUGCCUCCUACAUUGGGUACCUCAUGGCGGUGUUGGACAGCGAGGAGGGGGAGGAACCGCAGACUUUCAGAGCGGAAAUCCUAUCGAACGGGCGACGGAACAAGUCGCAACAGAUGACGAAUGAAAUGUGUCAGUCCAUGGAGAAUUACCCCACCGAAGAGGUCUCCAAAGGCAAAGGACGAACUGGAUGGCCCCAGCACAUGUGGGCCCUCGAGCUCAAGCAAGAAACCCCAUCCACAAAUACACCAACAGCGACGUCAGUGGGUCAGUUACAGUAGAUAUUCCCAUCCUCAUCGCUUCCAAAACACUCGAAACCCCAAAUAAACGAAAGCCAAAAAUUCGUGGAAAGAAAUGUCUACUGUCGGAUUAAAAAGUACAACCUUCUGGACCUAAAGUUUAAAGCCUGAUCUUAUGUCCAGUAAUAAUCCAAAUUAGUCAUUUUAUUCCUUCCAUCAGGAUUAUUUGGCGCACACAGAAAAAACUAAACGUAAAUUACGUUCAAGAAGUCGUCUUUUACGCUUAAAGUUGAAGCGUAAGUUACGAAUGUGCAAUCGUAAAUUACGUUUAUGUAACCGGAAUUAACGACGAAGAAAAAAAAGUUAUUUCGAGCGUAAAAUACAUUGUUUUUUAAGUAAAUCAUAAAAUACGUUUGUCUCCAUAUUUUUCACAGAUAAUGUUUAUAAUAUUCCCCAGCUAUUGAAAAAAAUUCUAGCUAAACCCCUCAGAUUUCGAUAUAUUCAUCGAAAACUGGCUAAAAGUCGAAAUCGACUUGAACCGUUUUACCGCUUCGAAGC